AUGGCAUCGUUGGACAUCGACAAGGAAAAUAUCCGAAUAUAUUUUAUAGCUUGGCGAAGGUUUACCAGGUACAUCCGACAGAAGCGAGUUCGUCUGAUACUACAAUGGCAGCAGGCCGUCGAAUUUGACAGAGAGAAAACCCUAAAAAGAUUUCUCAAGAAAUGGCGAGAAGUUUAUGCACUAGAACUGCGAAAAUCGAAACAAGCCGAGAUCAGGUAUCGUGGUAUCGAUGCCAAUGAAGAUCCUCGUACGUGGGACGACGAAGCUGAGGAGAAUUCGCUUCAGAAACUAUUCGAGAAAUGGAGGGUCAGAUACAACACCUAUUCCUCGCUCGGUGAGAUGGUUGAGGAUGAAUACAACACUAAAUUGUUGAAAAUGGCAUUUUAUCACUGGAGGCGUCUAUACCAGCAGAAAAAGUCGAUGGAACAAAGAGCAGACGAAAUCUUAUCAUUCUAUUUCUUAUUUAGAACCAUUCAGAUAUUGAAAACAAAGUCCGUCGACAAGCCAUUUGCUACUAGCGUACUAGCAGAGUGGUUGUCAUGGGCAGUACACAGAAAACACGCUCGUGACGAGAAAGCCGUUAAUCGGGUACAAUCCGAAGUAACAGAUACUGCGGUGAGCGGCACAUCACUUUUGGGGGAGGCAACGAUGGCAAAGUAUUUCGCACUAUGGAAAAAUAGACUCGCACACAUCCGUAGAUGUCGAGGGACUGCUAAAUUACACCACGAACGAAACCUAUUGAAGAAGGCGUUUAAUCGAUUUCCACAGGUCUAUUUAAAAAUCCGGCAUCUUUCAACAAGAUGCUCACAAUAUCUCGCACAGCAGCCUUGCAAAAUAACUCAUCGUGCCUUCUUCAAGUGGUCCAGGAGAUUUCAUUUGCAGCAAUUAACUUAUCAAAAUGUGAUAAUAAAUUAUGAGAAAACUUUGACACGCAAAGCAGUUAUCAAGUGGUCUCAUUCUUUAUAUGCUCUUCGUCGGCAAAGACUAAAAGCACUCGAGCAUCAUAAGCAACAGAUGCAACAAUGGUCUAUGCUGUGUUGGAGGCAGCGCCUUCAAGAGCAAAAAGUUAUGGCCGAGCGUGCAGAUUCAGUAAUAAACAAGGCAGUAUUAUGGAGGUGUCUUGGCAAAUGGCGGGCAUUACUUGCCGGAAAGCAGAAAGCUGGUACGAUUGCCACUAACGUGUACAAUGCUCAUCUAUUAAAAUCGCGCUGGACGCUCUGGAAGACCAAACUAGAUUAUAUCAGAAAAAAUUCGCACUGUGCCGUCGAAGCCUUUCACAGGAAUUCGCUUCGAAACAAUCUCACAAAGUGGCGUCUUGCACUAGGACGACAACAACGUGAAAGCGAUAAUGCUGUCUUGUAUUAUACGCAGAAACUCUUAAAUCACAAUUGGGAUCGGCUGAAAAGUAAGUGGAAAGGUCAUGACUUGGAUAAUACUAAAAUGAAGACAGUUUCCGACUUUAUAAUGAGAACACGUCGAAAAAAACGGAAAAAGACGCACGAUGCAUAUCGUUUUGGGGAUAGAAGCCUACGACCGAACACCAGUCUUGUACUUUCGAAUAUAUUAUCGGAACUUCCCAAACACUAUUCUACAUCAGAAAAUGCGAUUGCUAUUUACGACUUCCGCCUAGUCAAUACUUGUUUGAUUAUUUGGCGCCAGCGUUAUCAUAACAUGAGAAUGCAGAGGGAAGCGAGCACUUACUAUAUUACGAAAGUUCUUUCACGUGCAUUCAAACAUUGGAGAGAUCGAUGUCAAGUCAAUCAAGAAAUCAAUUACUUGGAAUCAUUAAGACCCUUUACGAGAGCGAACAGCGAGAGAAUAAUCCGGAAACAUGGAAAAGCGCAGAAAAUAUUUCUUCUGCGCGCCUACUUUUAUGUUUGGAGGAAGAGGGCUGAAGCAAAAGUCAUUCAAAGCUAUGAAGAAUCUGUUUUAAGACAGGCUUUUACGAUGUGGUAUGAUUGGGCAGUUGGCAGCAGAGAUCCUGACAAAAAAACCAUUUCUGAAGCAUUUUCUACAUGGAAAUGGCGUUAUCAGAAGGAAGAAGCCCAAAAAACACGUGCUGCUUACAUUUAUGAAAGUUCUACUACACGCAAGUUUUUCUCUGUCUGGCGUUCUCGUACUAAAAAGUUGAGAGCAAAAAAGCUUGCGCAAGUGGCGCAUGUGUUUCGUUAUCAACGACUAGGGUUGUGUUACUUUUUGCUUUGGAGGUCAAAGUUGGAUUCGCGAUCAUACAACAAGUCACGAAGAACGGCAAUGAAAAGACACGCGUACGAAAUUUUUUAG